GUUUCUGGUAAGACACAUUAAAGUGUUGCGCACAACAGUUCCCUACGCAAGGUCGCGUCCCCAAACUAAGGGGUUGAAGUUUCUCUUUUCGGGUAAAGAUGAUGUCCUCACUGGUUCGGCCCGGAGGAUUCUCUCCCUACUUCCAAGCAACCAAACACGGAGCUAAGAGCCUGCUGUUCCCCGGAGCCGCGGAGCGUCUGCCCGCUUUGGCUCCUGCAGCAACUCGCCUGGCCCACACAGACAUAAAGAUCCCCGACUUUUCAGACUACCGCCGGCCCGAGGUCUUAGACCCCAACAAGUCCUCCCAGGAGAGCAGCGAGGCAAGAAGAGCCUUCUCCUACCUGCUGACCGGAGCUACUACUGUUGUCGGCGUGUACGCAGCCAAAACCGUGGUCACCCAGUUCGUCUCUUCCAUGAGCGCAUCAGCUGACGUCCUGGCCAUGUCCAAGAUUGAAAUCAAGCUGGGCGACAUCCCGGAAGGGAAAAACAUGACCUUCAAGUGGAGGGGGAAGCCUUUGUUCGUUCGCCAUCGCACGGAAAGGGAGAUUGCAGCCGAGGAGGCCGUAAAUCUGGCAGAGCUGCGUGACCCCCAGCACGACAAAGAUAGAGCGGUCAAUCCAAAGUGGGUCAUUGUGCUUGGCGUGUGCACCCAUCUGGGUUGUGUGCCCAUCUCUAAUGCUGGAGACUUCGGCGGGUACUACUGCCCCUGCCACGGCUCCCACUACGACGCCUCGGGAAGAAUAAGAAAGGGACCCGCCCCCCUCAACCUGGAGGUUCCUUACUACGAGUUCCCCGACGAUGACACAGUGGUGGUGGGAUAAAGAGCUGUAUAGUUUCCUCCUUAAAGGGUAACCAAACCCCAAAUCACCUUUUUUGGCUGUUGACCUCUAUAAAUGGGGCUUUGAAAAUGCUGUCUGUUUCAUUUUUAAAAAUAUUGUCA